AUGGCAUCAGCUCAACCCGUCACGCCCCAGGCGGUUAUGAGCUUGGUCAGCAGACUGAACGAUGCCGAUCCGGAUUUUCGAUUCAUGUCGCUCAACGACCUCGUCCAGCUGCUGAACAAUUCUAAGCCCGACUUCCUGCAUCAUGAUUACAACGUCGCUGCCCGCACUGUCGAUAACAUCAUCAAGGCCCUAGAUGACCAGAAUGGAGAGGUCCAGAACCUGGCCGUCAAGUGCCUGUCCCCUCUUGUCGGGAGGAUCCCGUCUGCCAUCAUCGCCCCCAUGAUCGAGAAACUGUCGAUGCUUAAGCUCAAGAACUCGGUCGACAACGCCAUCCCUUCCCUGGCCCUGCGAACUGUCAUAAUUGCCCUGCCACGUCCGGUGCCGGGAGUUGCCACGACGCAAAACGUCCAGGAUGCCUACAGUGCCGUCAGCCGUGUCCUCAUACCCCGCCUGAUUGGACCCGGUCCCAAGACCAAGGUCCCCAAGACGACAAGCAUUGAGCUGCCACCGGUGCCCGAGGGGAUGCUGCAGAACGAGGGCGACCUGAAUUCCGAGUCGGUUGAUGUCAUGAUCGAGGUUGUUCGCUGCUUCGGACCUCUGCUUGACCAGGUCGAGGUCGAGGCCAUGCAGGAGAUCGUCAUCCAGAUGCUCGAGAGCAAGAAGGGGUCAUCGGUGGUCAAGAAGCGUGCCGUCGUGGCUAUUGCCAUGCUGGCCGUCUAUCUUUCCGAGGAGCACUUGCACGGUGUCGUUCAGCGGAUCACUGCCAGCCUCUCGAGCGGCAGCCUAAACCCCGUCACCCGCAGGCUUUACAUCUCCAUCCUGGGGAGCAUGGCCCGCUCUAUCCCCACACGCUUCGCUCCGCACAUCUCUACGGCCACCCCGGUGGUCUUGAACGCCUUGUCCGACGCAGAGCUGCAGGCACAUCUGGAGAAGGUCAGCGACGGAGACGACCUGGGCCAAGAGUUCAACGAAGUCCGAGAGGCGGCCCUGGUUGCCCUCGAGGCCUUCUUGGCUUCCUGCCCACAAGACACGAAGCAGUUUACAGACGAGAUGAUCGCCUCCUGCCUUCGUUACCUCAGGUACGACCCCAACUACGCUGUCGACGAUGACGACGAUGUGGGCAUGGACGACGACGACGACGGCGGCGGCGGCGACGACCAGGAAGAGGACGACGAAUUCGACCAAGAUGACGGCUUUGAAGACGACGAUGACGAUGCCAGCUGGAAGGUUCGGAGAUGUGCCGCCAAGACUCUCUACACCUUGGUUGCCACCCGCGGAAGCGGCGACCUGCUUGAGAACGGAGUGCUCUACAACCGGGCCGCACCGCAUCUGAUCAAGAGGAUUGAUGAGCGGGAGGAGAAUGUGCGCCUCGAAGUCAUCUCGGCCCUGGCCCUCCUCGUACGGAAGACCGGGGAAGGUAUCCACGCUCAUGAGCUGUCGCCGGAUGGCAUAGAGCCAGACUCUGUCAGCCAGGCUCCGAAUAGCCGCAAGAGGCGCCGGCAGAGCAGCGCGGCCGGAACCGUCUCUGAGCCCGUCGGUGGCUUAUCGCCCAAGAUGGACAAGAUCCCCCAGACGGGCCCUCAGGCUGACCUGGCCCGGCUGACGCCCUCUAUCGUCAAGGUCGCCGCUAGGCACCUCAAAGGUAAGUCCGUCCCGACGAAGCAGGCUGUCAUCGGUCUGUUGGACGACAUGGUCUCUGUGCAGCGGGGCGGCCUGGCGGACCAUCUGGGAGACAUCAUCGACCCGGUCAUCGACGCGGUAAAGUCAACGGCCUCGGGGACUGUGAGCUCGCUGGGUAUAUCCGGCGGCUCGGCCUCGGCCACGCCGGCCACCCUCAAGGUUGCCGCCCUCCAGCUGAUUAGCGAUGUGGCCAAGACGCACCCGUCGGCGUUUCUGCAGCCGUACGUGGCAAGGAUGGUGGCGGGAGUGACGGCGGCCGUCUAUGAUCGUUUCUACAAGAUCUCCAGCGAGGCGGUGCGCACGGCGGAGGAGCUGGUCAAGACCAUGACCCCUCCGCGGGCAAAGAACACGGGAUCGAGCCAACAGGCCGAGUUCAACAAGCUGUACGACGUGGUGGUGGACCGUGCAAAGGCCAACGACACGGAUGCCGAGGUCCGCCAGCGCGCAAUCCACGCUCUCGGCGUAGUCAUCUCGCGGACGCUGUCGGCCGAUGCCUCUGAGCUUCUACCCUCGGAUAAGCGCGAGGCGGCCCUCAACCUCCUCCGCGACAGACUCAAGAACGAGACGACGCGCCUGGCAGCGGUACGGGCCGUUGACGCCGUGGCCGCGUCGGCCCACUCCCCCGAGCAGCUGGACAAGGACUGGGUCCAGGACGUGGCCACGGAGCUGGCGGCGCAGCUGCGGAAGGCUAACAGGUCCCUUCGCGGGUCCAGCAUCAUGGCUCUGAAACACCUCGCGCUCUCCCCCGCUUCCAAGGACAAGCUGGAGCCGGCCACUAUCGAAGGGGUCGUCUCGGCGCUGAUGCCGGCCAUAACGAACAACGACACGCACCUCCUCGGGCCGUCUCUCGCCAUCCUCGCCAGCCUUCUUCCAAGCCAUCCCGAGCUGGUCAUGUCCCAGGAGAUGAUCGGUGCCGUCUGUGCUCUCCUCAAGACUCACUUCGCCAGUCUCGUGCUGGACCCCAUGAUCAACCUGGUUACCAGCGCUGGAAAGACGUCGGCAGGCGGCAAGCUCAUGAAGGGCCUGCUCAGUGACGUCAGCGUCGACGGUGAUCCGGUUGUCGUGGGCAAGAUCAUCGGAACCCUGCUGGUCAGCAGCGGAGAUUCGGUGGGCGUGACGAUUGACAGCUUCGUCACCGAGCUCGAGAAGAGCGCCAAGUCGGGAGACGAGGCGCGCACGAGCCUGGCCCUGGCUGUUCUCGGAGAGGCCGGCAAGGGGCUGGGCACCGCGUCGCCGCUCAGCCCCGACACCUUCCUCGGCCAGUUCCGCCAAGAGCCGGACAAGGUUUCCCUCUCGGCGGCGGUGGCCCUCGGCAGGGCGGGUUCCGGGAACGUUGCAAGGUACCUCCCGGUGAUACUGGAGAGGAUGAGCAAGGGGGGUCACACGCAGUACCUGCUGGUGCAGUCGUUGAAGGAGGUCCUGCAGUCCAUAUCGGCCAUGACCACCGAGCUCGAGGGCUACGCUCCCAAGAUCUGGGCCAAGCUGAUGGAGGCGUCGGAGAAUGCCGACAACAAGGUGGGCUGUGCCGAGUGCGCAGGACGGCUGGUCAUCCUCAGCCCUACAGAAUUUAUGCCACAGCUACAGAAACUUCUGUCGGUCAAGUCGCAAGGUGUCCGAGGCAUGGCGGUGCAGGCCAUCAGGUACUCGCUGCCGGAGAGCGAUGAGACGUUUGACGCCAUGCUACGCAACGUGCUGGUGGAGAUGCUCCUGGUGAUGCUCCAGGAUCAGGACAUGGAGAUCCGCCGACUGGCCAUGACGACGCUGAACUCGGCAGCGCACAACAAGCCAGACCUCAUCCUGCCUCAGCUGGGCCAGCUGGUUCCGUUUGUCCUGACCGAGUCGGUGGUCAAGCCUGAGCUCGUGCGCGAGGUCAAGCUGGGUCCGUUCACGCACACUGUGGAUGACGGGCUCGAAGUUCGCAAGAGCGCGUACGAGACCCUCUACGCUCUCAUGGAGACGGCAUUCAGCCGGAUCAGCAAUAUCGACUUCUACGACCGGAUCGUGGCGGGCCUCAGGGAUGACAACGACAUCAGGCAGCUGUGCAACCUGAUGAUCACAAAGCUGAUGGUGAUCGACCCCGACGAGACGGCGCGUCGUCUAGACUCUAUUGCCGAGGCGUACCGGUCCGUCCUGUCGGUGAAGCUCAAGGAGAACGCGGUCAAGCAGGAGAUUGAGAAGCAGGAAGAAGCCAACAAGAGCGUGCUGCGGGUGACGCUCCUCCUCGGGGACCGGAUGAAGGCGCUGACGGGCAACGCCGGUGCGGCGACGAGCAACGCGGGGGCGGCGGGGACGUGGACGUCAUACUGGGAAUGGGUGAACAAGGACUUUGAAGGGCAGCUUCGGGGUCUCCGCGAGGAGAAGCAGAGGCUUCAGACAAAGAUGGUCUAG